AUGCAAGGCUUGGCUCAAGUGCCAAGACUGUUGCUAUCUUACGCAGGAGUCCAGUUCGAAGACUACCACUACGAGAACCCUGACCACUGGUUCAAGGAGGACAAGCUGCACCUUGGUCUCGACUUCCCCAACCUGCCAUACCUCGUCGACGGCGAAUACAACAUCACUGAGUCUGGCGCCAUCCAACGCUACAUCAUCGACCGUUGGGGACCCGCUGAGCUGCUCGGGAAGGACGCCAAGGAAAAAGCCAAGCUGGAAAGCUUCCUCUCCAUCUUUACCGAAAUCGCCGGUGCUGCCAAGGGCCUCUUCUUCAACAAGGAAUGGGAAACCGCUAAGACUGCAGUCAUCGAAAAGUAUCGCCCCAAGUUGGAACAACUGGACAAGUUUGUGGGCGAAAACAAGUUCGUUCUCGGCUACCUCACUCUUGCCGACUUCGUCGUUGCCGAGGAUUCCCACUACAUCGAGCGCCUUUUCCCCGAAGACUUCAAGGCCUUCUCCUUCCUGGGCAGGAUCCGUGCAGAGUUCAACGAUCUUCCCCAGAUAAAGAAGUACUACGAACAGCCAAAAGCCUUCAAGGGCAGGUUCUUCCCCGAGUACGCCGCCGUCACCAUCGAGCAAUGA